AUGCUGAACCAAGUUUCAGUAGAAGCUGUUUAUUCGGCUACAUAUGUCGAAAACUAUUUGGACUGCGUAGAAAAUCUUCCAGACGAGCUGCAACGUCUGAUUUCCAGAAUGAGAGAGUUGGAUGUUUAUUAUUUAGCUCGUGUGAGAGAAGUGGCCACUCAAACGGAAAACUUCAAAAAUUUGAGCAAUGACAACCCAGUGAAGAAAGCGAAAAGUUUCUCGAGAAUGCAGCAGGCCCUCAUCGCAGCGCAAGAACUGGGAGACGAGAAAAUGAGCCUGCUGCAGACCAUUUUGGAUAAAAUUGAAAUCAAAACGAGGCUAUUGGAUCAAGAUUUUAGAAAUUUAGAUUUCGGCAAGGAAGAAUCGAGUCAAAUUGAAGUAAAAGAACAACAGUCCGCGUUGAAUAGCACCCCUUCGAAUAACAACGGCAGCAACACGAAUAACGCCAACAACAGUAACUCUGCGAGUAACGAAAGGCCGGCGAAACGAGCCAGAAGGACCCGUCACGAUACCUAUUCGGGAGCGGAAAACAACGAUUCGAUUACUGUCGAGCACGUUCUCAGAAGCCAAGUCCCAUCUAACGCUCCGAAUAAUGCGCAGAAAAAACAAACCACAAGUAAAAAGAAAAAACGUAAAUCUCGCCAGAACACUCAAGUGCAAAAAGAGGAAUCCCCGCCCAGAGACGAAGAGCAAGCGAUCGAUCCAGAUGAGCCAACGUACUGUCUUUGCGAUCAAAUUUCAUACGGUGAGAUGAUCAUGUGCGACAAUGACUUGUGUCCGAUCGAAUGGUUCCAUUUCUCGUGCGUGACGCUUUCGACGAAGCCGAAGGGAAAGUGGUAUUGCCCCAAAUGCCGUGGGGACCGGCCCAACGUCAUGAAACCCAAGGCGCAGUUUCUGAGGGAGCUGGAAAAAUAUAACAAAGAAAAGGAGGAAAAGACGUAA